AUGGCUCAAAACAGCGAUGCGAACUAUGGGCAGCAAGCAAGCAUAUUGAUUGCGUCAAAGCACGCAAUACAAUUAUCUAAGAUUUGUCCCGGAGCGGAUGUUCAAGUCCUAGGACUCAUUGAGAGCGGACCCAGUCUGGUUGCAGACGACGCGAGAGUUCUUAGGUUUUUCAGCAAUGAAGUAUUCAGUAUUACAAAGAAAUCCAGUGACUUUGCACAUAUUGUAGCUAGAAACAUAUCUUUGGAUAUCGAAGAUACGGAUCUGCAGGCAAUAUUGAAAGAGAAUGAUCAAGGUGUUUUUGUUGAAAUAGCUGAUUCCCCGAGACUGUAUCUCGAAGAAGAUGUGUUCUUCAGACCGGACUGUCUUAUAGGACCUGGUACAGUAUGCUUCAAGGCUCGUGCAGCACACACUCGAGGCCAAGACUUGGUCGUCAAAUUCGUCUGGACCGAGACGGGAUCUGCGGGGGAAAAAAACUACUUGCACUUACAAAUAGCAAGAAGGCUUUUGGCAUUUUCAAGCUCGAAGCGUACUGGGAUUUGGGGGAUAUUGCUAGUUUUCAACAUCGGCAAAGACUACAACUCUGCGAAUCUUACAAAUUUCAUUUGA